AAAUUUGUUCACUUUAGCUCUCUCUAGAAACAACUAACACAUUCCUCCUGCUACUACUUAAUUUCAAAUAUAGAUACAGAUGAUAUAUACAUCCCUAAAAUUUCUUCCUCUCUCGUCAAAAAUCAUCAAAUUGAGCUGAAAAUCUUUGUUUAGAUAUCUCUCUCACUAAAAGUAGGCGAUUUGGCGGAGAAUUAUGGCGGCGUCACUGAGAUGGAAGAGCUUCUUCGAGGAAGAAGAUCGUCCAGAAAAGCCUCGAAUUUACGGUGUCACCGAGAUUCGCAGUCCUCAGUACUCUCUCUUCUCUCAAAAUGUUCUUGAGGAUGUUUUUGAGACAAUGGGGCAGUUUGUUGAUGGUCUGAAGUUUUCUGGAGGCUCUCAUAGCUUGCCAGAGAGUUAUAUACAGAAGGUGAAUGACAUGGCACACAGGCACAAUGUAUAUAUCAGUACUGGUGACUGGGGUGAACAUCAACUUCGCAAAGGCCCAUCUGCUUUGAAACAUUACAUAGAGGAAUGCAAGCGUUUGGGUUUUGACACAAUCGAACUAGAUGCGGGAUCACUUGAGAUCCCUGAAGAAGCUCUUUUAAGAUAUGUGCACAUGAUCAAAAGUGCUGGUCUGAAAGUAAAGCCUCAGUUUGCAGUUAAAUUUGACAAAUGUGAUAUAUCAUUGCCUGGAAGCAGAGCUUAUGGAGCAUAUACAGUCCCAAGGCCCAGAUCUUAUGAUUAUGUUGAAGAUGUAGACCUCCUUAUCCGAAAAGCGGAGAGGUUUUUGGAGGCUGGAGCAGACAUGAUUAUGAUCGACGCUGAGGAUGUUUGCAAGCGAGCUGAAUCUUUAAGGGCAGACAUCAUCGCCAAGAUUAUUGGUCGGCUAGGUGUUGAGAAGACUAUGUUUGAGGCAGCAGAUGCGAGAACAGCUGACUGGUUUAUCAGCCAAUAUGGUCCUAAGGUGAACCUUUUUGUGAAUCAUUCCCAAGUGGUAGAUCUGGAAUGCCUUCGUGGACGCAAAGUGGGCAAAAAUCACAUGUCUGUCCUUGGCUCUUCAUUCCGUCUUUUAUGAGUCGGUGAUCAACUGAACCAGAUCCUCUGCUGUACUAGGUGCUGUAAAUUUUGUAGUGUCAUGUUUUCUACCCCUUGUCACCUUGUGUUUUGGCAACUGAUUUUAGCACUCCUACAGAAGAAUUUAUAGUCUCGUGGCUCCCUUCCGUGAGAGGAGCAUUAGAAUUUCGCUGCCGUAUAGGCGACCAUAGUAAUUAAUUUAGGGUGUUAAUAUGCUUUCAAACGCAUAUCUGAAGUAGUUUAGUAGCUGCACAUCAACAAAUUCCUUUUUCUUUCUCCAUCAGAAAAACAUAUUAAGGGUGAAAGAAAAGGCUAGAGAUCCAUGGCAGCCUUCUCUUGUAGUCUUGUUUGCACAAUUGCACUAAAUUUAUGUUUUAAGGCUC